CAAAGUCACAGACAGUCACAGACUUUUCUUCAGAAAGUUAAACAAUCCAAGAUCAAUGUCUGUUACGAGUAUGAAUAACUGAACUCACUGGUUACAUCAAGCCAAAGCUGAGUUGUUACAGUAGAUCGAGAAAGAAGAAAUCAUACCGGUAUUUCGUCACGAUCACUGCGAUUUAACGGGUGCAGUCCCGUGCGUACAUUUCUGCCUUUUUGAUUCUUCACACCUGAUGUGAAACUACAGGGCAGCUUCAUCCAAUCCUAUGCCUUUAGAACAGCAACCCCGUCUUCGAGAUGGAAAGAUUCCGGUUUUUGUGUUCCCCACCGAGCUAGCCUUUUAUGCCGAUGACCGAAAAUCCCAUAAACAAGUCUUGACCAUCUAUAAUCCUUAUGAUUUUCCCUUUCGUUUCAAAGUUUUAUGCACGGCUCCUCGGAAAUAUAACGUUGUUGACUCAGAAGGCACUGUAAGACCAGGCUGUUGUGUGGACAUACUUAUUCGUAUUAAAGAACUUAAUGAAAUUGGGUUCGGCCAGCGAGACAAGUUCCGUCUGAACCUUUACCACCAUGGUCAGCGUGAGGUCAUAGGUCGUAAGGACGUUGCGGCGUUGUUAUUAGCCACUGCUCAAGGCCGUGGGGAUCAGGAUGAUGAUGAUACCAGCUCUCAAGGCUCUUCUCCAUCCUCUUCUAAUCCUGUUUUUGUUAAUGCCAGUAGAGGGCGUGCUGGGCCUGGUGCAACAGUGGUCCUGUUAGCCCUGAUAUGUGUCGUUGCUCUGAUGUUGCCAACUCAAGGAGAGAAGGAUUCUCGUCUUCCAGACUACCUUCACUUGACUGUUAACCAGAAACUUAUUGCUGCGUAUGUUUUAGGACUUGUUACCAUGGUUCUACUACGUACAUGACGUUAACUCUACAUUUAGGAACCCCUCAUCCAAGCUUGAACAUGGACCUCCCCUUGCAACAAAAUGGAACUUUCCAAGUGUUUUGAGUAUUGUCUAUGUGUUGGUUUCUUUUAGUUGAGGUAUUGUUUUUUAAUCAAUUCAUGACAGAUUGUAUCCAUAUAUGUUACUGAAAAAUGAAUUUCACCCUGAUGUCAAAUUAGUUUUUAAUAGUAAGUGAGAAAAAUGAUUGAAAUUGUUUUAACGUUUUGGUUGGAGUCCAUCAAAAAAUACCAGAGUUUGUUAUAUCACAUGCAAUAGAAAUAAUGACAAUACUUGCUUCUUUUUGGCGUAUUGUACAUAUCAGAUGCACUUAAAAUGUAGGAAAUUUACAAAAUAAGUAUAAAACAGCUUAGAUGCAAGAAGGUACAUGUGCAUACAAUUCAACACUUGACAGUGAGUUCACUGACAAGUACUGUUUGUACUUAUUAAGUACCU